AAAGAGCCGACCUAGUUUGACUUGGCUUUAUUUUUCCAGCAGGGGAAAUAAAAAGCAGUAGAAGGUGGGCAGUUUGUGGGUGAGGAGGAGCCUAUGCAACCCACUCUGUCAUUCUUUCAAACAUUUGCAGGGAUUGGCUGGUACUGGCAAGGCAAGUAAAGCCAGUUUGUCUUGGGCGUCUUCCCCCGUGAGGGAGAUUGGCAAGUUCGGAAGGAAUCUGGCAGCAGCAUCCCAGCAGAGAGCCUCCAGUGUGAUGACAGAUCGCUGUCUAGUUGCUGGCUGCUGCCUAGGCCUCUUCGUUUUCCUCAUGCACAGAGUGACAUACUGGAAGCAGUAGAGGAUACGAGGCCAUGCUGAGUGAAACCGAGCCCUCUGGUCACCUGGUUCUCCAAAAAGUGUUGAUACAGAGAAGCUCACAACAACCUGCUGUGACCUUUGCCCAGUCAUGGAGAGCCCAGAGGUUGAGUCAGACUUUCUUCGAAGCGUGCACGCCCUUCUCCGGGAACUUGAUGGUCACCAUCCAGCUUUCCAGAGUGAGAGAGGGAUGCUGCGAUGGACCUUGCACAAGAAAAUUGACAGGAAUCCCAGUCAUGGAGCCCUCUUGAUCAAAAUUUUGGUGAAGGAACUGGAAAGGGCAGAAAGAUGCAACUAUCCGCAAUACAUCAUCCCCUUGCUUCACACACUGAUGUAUACAGUGAUAAAGGUACCCUGCAUUCCUGAUGACCUGUAUGAAAGAGUGUAUGACUUCUGCAAGAAGUUACUCACUCUGCCCAAACCUUACUGCACCAUUGGCCUGGAUUAUGCUCGGCAGCUAAAACUGGAACGGACAAUACCAGGAGUAUUGUACCAAAGAAUGGUCUCUGCAGAGCAAAGUCUCAAGAAUGACUCAUUCCUUUAUCAGGAAAAGGUUUUCAUGUUUGCUGCCCCAGAUUUGCUCUCUGAAGCUGUAUGCCGGGCACUCGUUGAUGAAAUCAGGGCUGCUCAGGCGUUCCAGAGUGCCAGGUCAUGCAUGCUGUAUGUGAUAGAACGUGCCUUCCAAACCGUGUUGAAGGAGCGCUGUAAUGUUAGGAGAUUGCACGGUCUCCUUCAGGCAAAGCCAUUAGAUGUGACCGAGCACUAUUUUCAGCAAGUGAUGACAAUCAUUGAACAUGCAGGAAGAGAGAUGAGUGCAGAAUACAGUCAAUAUGUGGAGGAACUGGGGAAAAUAUACAGUACAUUGCUAAGUGCUUCAGAGAAAGGUGUGGAGAAGACUGCAGCAGAAAGAAGUCCGGGCAUCCCUUUACCCAGCCCUAACAUCAGCUUCCACCUGUGGAGAGAUGAAGACCAGCUUUGGAAGGAGCUGGUGCUGUUCCUCCGUUCGCCGAGCCAGUCCUGCGAACAGGAUUCUCUGAGUCCAGAACUGGACAGCUUUGAGUUUCAAGACCUGAUGCCAGACUAUGACUGCUUUGAGCAGACACGCUUCUCGGUGCUCUCCACCGACAGUGGCAUUGAGCGGGACCUGCCCACUCCAGGGGAUGAAAUUCCAUCUCCUUGCACUGCUGAGACUGAGCACUCUCGGCUGCAGAGGAAAGGUUGCAUGAAGAAGAGGGCUUCUUCACUGGAUAGCAUCGCCUUCCUCCAAAGUGGCUGCAAUGGGCAAGGUGCAAAGCCCACAGGGAAGCUGCACCGGAAAUCUGGUGGUAGUACCAUGGAGCCGAUGGCCCCAAUGAAAAGACUGCACACAGCUCGUGUCCUGGUGUUGGGGGACGACCGAGUUUUGGGGCGCCUCGCCCAAGCAUAUUACUCCUUGAGGAAGCGGGAGAGCAGACGUGUGUUUCUUACACGAAGGCUAAAAGUACAGUUUUACUAUGUUCCUGUUGUAGAGGAACAAUCCACCUCUUCCCCUGCUGAGGAGUAUGCUCUGCCUGACCGGACAGAGCCUUGUGAGUUGGCUGCUUAUCUUGGAAGAGCUGAUCCAUGGUACGAGAGCAACAUUAACACCCUCUGUCACAUGAUUCCGAAGCUGGCCACCAUGCCUUCUUCUCCGAGCAAACCUGCCAUCUCUGAUCUGUUCAUCAUUGACGUGAUUGCUUACUAUGUACGCUUGGGCUUGCAGCCAAUCUUCUUUCAAGUCUAUGCUGUGAAGCUUCUCUUCAGCAAUGCAGCUUUGGAGCCCAUUGAAGACAUUUUCCUCAUUGAACUGAGUGUAACCCUUGAAGAACUCAUCCCUUCCAGAGAUGGUCUACCAAUAAAGAAAAAAACAGCGGUAGAAGUUCCUGGUACAGAACUUUCACUCUUGUAUAAAAAGGUUUUGCUGAGUAACCGAGAGAAGGAUGAGACAGUUUCUUUGCGAUCCACAGGCCUGGUCAUGAAAGCCAUUCCCACGAAUGACACUGAAGAUCUGGUGUGCUUGCGUGUGAAUAUUGCUGAAGUCAUAAAAACUACCAACCUCUCAGGACGAUCGUAUUCUCUAGUGGCAAACAGUAUUCGAACACGCAAUAUCAAAAUCAAAAGUACAGAACAAAGGUCGUUUACAGUGUGCCUUGACAAAGAUUCUAGACGAAUAUACAAAAAUGUGAUCAGUAUUGAAGUUUUUCCAUGCCUAGAACCUAGCUACUGCUUGCAAAAGACAAGAACCAGACAGGCCAGCUUGCAGGAAGAUGAAGACAUAGGACUGGCCAAAUACUUACCUAAGUCUUUAUUGCUACCCAUCAACACUUUUGCAGGCAUUAUUCAGUGAAAAAGCUCACAGUUACAUCUAUUCAAGCCUUUUGGUGGGUUUCAGUAGGGAGUACUGCAGUGACUGAGGACCCAACAUGAAGGGCUCCAGGUGGAAAGGAAUAAGAAAUCAGGUAUUCAUCAGGAGAUAAAGCCCAGUCCAAUGCUGAAAAGUGUGUGAUUCUGUUAUAGCAUAAAUUAGAGUCAAUGCAAGAGAAAACCAUAAAGUAUGACAUUUUCAGGCAUCUCUGCCAUGCUUUUCUAGAUGGAGAUUUUUCUCUUACCAGGCAGAGGAGAAUAGCGUUUGUUUCCUCAUUUGCACAGCACUGCUAACCCAUAGUGGGUUACAUUCAGGAGCAACCCAUGUUGGGUUAGUGUGUCGCCUGACUACUGUUUCCCACCCCAUGCUAGCUACCCACUUGCUGCAGUGGGGUAAGGGGCCCUGGGAUGGCUUACCAUGUCGUCUGCUCCAUGGAUAAAUCCCAGCAUUCUGUUGAAAAAAUGGGACCAUGGAGAUGGUCGCUUGAAGUGCCCAAUACUUCCAGUGAUGCUGUAUGGUCGAACUGUAUAGUCAUUGUCGCAUAGCAAAGGCUGG